UCGAAGAACGCCAGCUCCAAGCAAUCAAACGAAAUGUGAGCUGUGCGUAUACAACAGAUGCCGGACACUGCGUUUACCCCAAAAGCAUCAAAAGCGCACCGAAUUCGUACAGAAGUCAGUACGUGACCGCAACUCAAAGUGUAAAGUAGUGGAAAAGUUUAGAACGCAGCGCGAAUACAGCUUCACGUGAACUGAGUGUUUAUCACACAUAUACACACAUACAUAUGUUUAUAUACAUGUACGUGGGUUUGUGUUGGUGUGUGACUUUACAACCCCCAGAAUGCGCAUCACACCACUUUCUCUAGCUCCAUUUAGUAUACACAGGCUACAAAAACGGGCGACUUGGGACUUGCGCUGCCGACAAGGACAUCAAUUCGCAAGAAAAUAAACUGUAAAUAAACUGUGAAGCCAGCAAGACAAGUGCAAAAGUGCUAGUAGUGUAUGAAAUAAAGCUUGAAAAGUUUAAUUAAUUUAAAAUUCACUGAAAAUGGCAGAUGCUAAAGCACAAUAUCAGAAAUUGCCGCCCGGCUGGGAUUGUAAAUACGACCAAGCAACAGGAAAUUGUUACUACAUAAACUAUUUCACAAAAGCAAUGCAGUUGGAGGAUCCGCGCGGCCGCUAUAAACAGUUGCAGAACGAACGCUGCUCCACGGAAUCCAUAGCGAUGCAGCCAAUAAACGGCUCACCCUAUCACGUGUAUCCAAGCAACAAUUUGCAGGCAGUACGUGCCUUUCACGCCGGUCCUUGCACCAACACAAGUUUGCAUAACAUGUCAUCCAGUCCGUUGUUGUCCUCUCGCGGAAAUUUGGAAUUAUCACCGCUGCGUAUGCAACGCUCCUCACUGACACAGACGCCACGCUUGGGUAAUAUGUCCCGACGUUCGACCAUACAGGAGACUUCCUUCACAAAUCCUAUUGACACGGAUUUGGUGGUAAAUAAAAUACAAAAUAUGUUUCCCACCGCCAGCGAGGAUCACAUUCGUUUGCUGCUUAAAAAGUAUUACAAUCGCGAGGCCGUCGUCAUUAGCGCCUUACAAGUGGAGAAACAUCCGGUCACCAUGCCUGGUCCCUAUGUCACGCCGCCGGCCCAACGUCAUCUCUAUCAUAGCAACACCGUAUUUAAUUUGACACCACCGACGCGCCGCCUGGAUAAGGGCAUAACGGCACGCGGCCUCAAUGGCAGUGUUGCAGUUGGCAGCAGCUCACGCACAGCCAGUCCUCUGCCGGGCGGCCGUUUUGGUAGUGUCACAAGCGUGCAUGGUGGCGUUGGCGGCGGUGGCGGUGGCUAUAUGGCUGCAGCAGCUGCCGCGGCUAUGCCGUUUCAUCAGGGUUCGCCGCGCUUUGAACAAUGGCGCAGUUCACCGAAGCCGCACUCGUCGCCGAAGAUGAAAUUGAGAUAUUUGAAAACGAUUUUCCCCAAAGCAGAUGAAAUGGUACUGCUAGACAUACUUGCCAGCUCGGAAAAUAAUGUACAAACAGCUUCCGAGAAACUUAUUUCGAUGGGCUAUACAAAACGCGAUUUUAUACCACCAAAAAUAUCACAUCGCUCUGAUCACGAAGCCGCCCACGCAGCCGCAGCAGCCAAACGGGCUGCCGAUGAGGCGAUUAUACCGUUGCAACCAAAAGUUUAUACAGCGGAGGAGAAAGCAACAAUACAAGCGCAUAUGAAGGAGAAGUUUCCGCAGUUAGCUGAACGCAUUAUACUCAUGGCACUGGAAUCGGUCAACUAUGCUGAGGAUCGUGCUAUGCAAAUUCUUUAUAUUGUGCAAGAAGAGGAUGAGCUGCAUGCCAAGAAAAAUGCCGCUGCUGCCACCGAUGCAGCAAUGCAAUCGGUGAGUGGACUUGAUGCCGAAGUUAUUUUGGGUGCAGCAGCGGACGGUAUGCAUGCCACAGUUGGUGGCACCGGCGCUGAUGAUAGUAUCAUCACUGUUGUUGUCAAAACACCGUUAAAUAGCUACAACGAUGACAUCAAAAGCUGUCAAAACGCUUCAGCGAUACAUAUCCCAUUUUCGGCCACACCAUUUACAUCAACAUCAACAUCAUUACCAUCAGCAUCAUUACCAUCACCAUCAUCAUCAUCACUUCCACAAUCUUCAGCAAAAAGCAGCGCUUUCAAAUACUACACAAAAAUCAACGCCACCCGAAAUACUGGUACCAAAAAGGUAGCAUUUCCCUCCAUAAACCUAACCACACCCUCUGCAACUACUACACAGACUAUACUUUCUAAUUCACCCACUUCCAUUGAACGCAACGAAAAGGAAUCAAAAGCGGCAAUUGUAAUAGCAGCUAGUGAUGUCGUUGACUCCUUACCCAACUCAUCAAAAAUCAUUAAUCCAUCAGUUACGACCACAUCAAUCUCUGUAUCACCGUCCAAAGCUCUGAAAGAACUUCAUAUAUCAUCCGAAUUGCCAUCCACAUCUUCAGCAGCAUCAACUUCUAAUCUAGUAUCCAAUGAGUAUCAGAAAAUUACUACAAAAAGCAUACUGGCGCGUUGCAAUACUUAUGCCUCUGGCAUCCAGGGAUAUCUGCAUGGCACGAAUUCCAAUAAAGCUUCAGUCACAGUCUCUGCUGCUGCCAACACUUCGGUUUCUAUUUUGGACAAAUUGAAAUUGACUCGUUUGCGCGAAAAGACCGAACCACUAAACGCCACACAGCAAGAUUCCACCGAUGGCGAGGGAACUUAUAAGCAGCGCCAAGAUUUUAAAUCUAUCAUAGGCCGUAUAACUACAAGCGGACACAGCGCACAUUUGGCUAAAGGCGCUGAUGAGAGUUUGUUGCUCGCCGACUAUGUGACCUGGAAUGGCGCCAAUCGAGAUAUGCCACAGGGGAAUAAUCAAAAACAAUUGGCAAAGGGUCCAGAUGCCGGUAAAUUAAGUGAGCGCAGCUAUACACCCAUUGGACGCAAUCCGGAACUAUGCAAAGGUGCCCAAAAGGGUUUAGCUAAAGGUAGCAUUUAUGCUCUACUCGCUGCAGCUGGCAAUACGAAAACGACAAACAUUAAAUGUAAUUAAAAAAAUGUGUGCAAAAAUUAUAUACAUAUGUAUAUGUAUACACCAUUCUAAUAUUAUAUUUUAAAUCUACUGUGUUUUGAGUGUGAUUGCGUGCCAAAUGUAUAUUUUUACUUCAAUAGAUAUUUUGAACUUUUUUGUGUAGUAAAACGUGCAUUUGCACAUAUUCGUCCACUUACUUAGUAAUUUCAAUGUCUUAUGUGUUUUCCAAUACAUGUAAUUCCAAUUUCGAAAAUCUCUACAAUAAUAAUAUUUUCGUAAGAAUAUACUUAAAAUAUAUUAAAUAUUCUAAUAAAAAUGCAAAUAAUUGAUAUUAGCAACACAUGUGCACACAGAUAUGUACGUAGCUUAAAUAUUGUGCGUUGAAUAUGUAAUCAGUGUUGUAUUGUAAGUAUAUCAAGACUUGUAGCUCUUGAAACAAUUAGCGAGUACUUAUACAGAACAUAAUUCAAAAAACAUAUAUUUUUUCGAAUAAAGCUGUAUUUUUAAUAAAGAGCUGAA